UCUCAUGAACAGUGUACUCGUUGUGGGGAAGUGAAAGCGGUCUUAAGUCACAGAGAAAUAACUUCUCUAGGUCAUUAUAGCCGCAGCUCCAGCUCCACUCUCUGUUUCUGUCCCGCAGCAAACACAGAGCUGCUGUAGGACAGACACUCAGCAGGGAGGAGAGUUUAAACAUCCAGAGAUGGGCUUUGGGGAGGAUCUGCGCUGCCCCCAGGCACAUGCAGCUGUAAUGCGGCUGCUGGACUCAGAGCUUCACCUGAUGGAGGUCAUGAAGAAGUGGAUGGGUCAGCGGGCCAAGAGUGAGCGGGAGUUUUCAGUGCAGCUGCACCACAUGGCCGCCAUGGGAGAGAAACUGGAGAGGCCUCAGCCCGGAGCGGGACAGGACUACAUCAGCCAGCUCAACAAGUCGUGGGGGGUGCUGGUGUCUCAGACGGACGUCCUCAGUCAGGUGAUGAAGAAGCGCUCUGAGGAUCUGCUCGACGGUCCCAUCAGUAAACUCACGCUGGUCAUCAGAGAUAAACAGCAGCUCCGCAAAACCUACGCAGAGCAGUGGAACCUCCUGAGGCAGGAGCUCGGCAAGGUGACUCAGACAGAGCUGGAGAGGCUGAAGGGCAGCUACAGGCAGGCGGUGAAAGAUGCAGCUCAGGCUAAGAGGAAGUACCAGGAGGCCAGUAAAGAUAAAGAGCGAGACAAGGCUAAAGAGCGUUACGUCAAGGCUUCUGUGAAACUCCACGAGCUGCACAAUGACUAUGUGCUGUCUGUGCGAGCUGCUCAGGUUUACCAUCAGCACCACUACAGUCAGAUCCAGCCGACCCUGCUCGCUGCGCUGCAGAGUCUGCAGCAGGAGAUGGUGCUCAUACUAAAGGAGAUCCUGCAGGAAUAUUUCGACAUCUCCUCUCUCCUCCAUCAUGAAGUGGUGCAGAUCCACCGGGAGAUGUCUUCUGCUCUUACAGCCAUCGAUCCUCACAGAGAAUACGAGAGCUUCAUCCAACAGAACAGAUCUGUAGGGGAGACUCCUGCGUGUGCAGAGUUUGACUGUAGUCUCCUGGAGGACACUGAGCAGCUACAAUCCAGCGAGAUUGAACUAAACGACCUCACGCUUGAGACAGUUCAGCACAAACUGACUGCGGUAGAAGAGGAGUUGCUGAACUUGGCUCAGACUCUGGGCUCGCAGCAGACCUCGGUGGAUCAGCUAGAGCUGGAGCUGGACGCAGAGCGGGAAGGUGUGAAAAAAGGCCAGAGGGUCUACCAGUUCAGCAAGAGGCAAGCGAUGGAGGAGUGCCGGCAGCAUGUUGCUCUGAAUCAGGGCUUUAAAGCCAAACUGGAGGUUCAGAGGCUUCUUUUGAAGGAGAAACUGGAAAAGCUGGGCUCCAAAGAUCCUCCCUCUGCUCUGAAGCUCGACCAAGACAACAGCUCACUUUCUUCAAACUCAAGCAGCUUCCGCAGCCCACCUCCUUCCAAACUCCUCAUGGAUGGGAUAAAAAACAAUCUAAGUGGCCUGUUUAAACCCAAGUGGGAGGUGCCUCCAGCCGACCCCCCGCUGCAGGAGGUGGAUCGCCCUCUGGAGCAGCAGGACUGGUACCAUGGAGCGAUCCCCCGACUCGAGGUCCAGCAGCUGCUGAAGAGUGACGGAGACUUCCUGGUGAGGAAGAGUCAAGAGAAACAGGGAAAUGUGCUCUCUGUGCAAUGGGAAGGGUCCUGCAAGCAUUUCCUCAUCCAGAGCGCGGAUAAUAUGUACCGUCUGGAUGGAGAGAGCUUCCCCAGCGUCCCACUGCUGAUCCAUCAUCUGCUCUCCUCACGACAACAAGUCACCAAGAGGUCUGAUACUGUGCUGAAGAAACCUGUGCUCAAGGACAAGUGGGUCCUGGAACAUGAUGAUAUUAUCUUGGGUCCCCUCAUCGGACGGGGUAACUUUGGAGAAGUGUACAGUGGCCGUUUACGCUCCAAUAAUACUCCUGUAGCCGUGAAAUCAUGCAAAGAGAACCUGGCCCCGGAGCACAAGAGUAAGUUCCUGAUGGAAGCCAGGUCAGUACACACACACACACACACACACACACACACACACACACACACACACACACACACACACACACACACACACACACACACACACACACACACACACACACACACACACACACACACACACACACACACACACACACACACACAAACAACCUCUCCUGUGCUCUCUAGGAUCCUGAAGCAGUAUGACCAUCCUAACAUUGUGAAGCUGAUAGGAGUUUGCACUCAGCAGCAGCCCAUCUACAUCAUCAUGGAGCUCAUUCAAGGUGGUGACUUUCUUUCCUUAUUACGGCAUGGGAGUCACGGUCUGAAGCCGAAGAUUUUGGUCAAAAUGACAGAAAAUGUUGCAUCUGGUAUGGAGUUCCUGGAGAGCAAGAAGUGUAUUCACAGGGACCUGGCUGCAAGAAACUGUCUGGUUGCAGAGCACAACGUGGUGAAGAUCAGCGACUUUGGGAUGUCCCGUCAGCAAGACGACGGUGUCUAUUCUGCAGAGGGCGGCCUCAGACAGAUCCCUGUCAAAUGGACGGCUCCUGAGGCACUGAACUACGGUCGUUAUACCACAGAGAGUGAUGUGUGGAGCUUUGGGGUCUUACUGUGGGAGGUCUUCUCCCUGGGAAUGACGCCCUACACGAGCAUGAGCAACCAACAAACACGAGACGAGGUGGAGAAAGGAUACCGGAUGCCUGCUCCACACAACUGCCCCGUGGAAAUCUCAAGGAUUAUGACCAGCUGCUGGCAGUACGAUCCCGGAAAUAGAUCUUCUUUCAAGAAACUUCGGGCUGAGCUCGGUGCCAUAUAUAACAAAAUUAUGUAAUACAAGCCUGUUAAUAGAACAUAUUCUGUACUUUAUUAUUCUUUUGUCUGUUUGAUUUGUUCUGUUAUUGUGCAUCUUAUUUUCCUACCCACAUCUUUUUUUUCCAGUCUCAAUUUCAUAGAUAAUGCAAGGUAACAAAAUAAACAAAACUAUUAAUAAACUUUUGUUCAAGAAAUAAACUUCUAAAUGAAGUUUUGAGGACUUGUUAAUCACCUGUGAACCAGAUGAUGGCAGCACUCUUGUUUCUUCCCUU